AUGGGCGCCAUUCAAUCAAAUCGAAAACCUUCCUACGAUGCGAGCGGCGAUGGUAAUAUUCUUAGUUCUAAUGACUUCUAUUCCAUUGGAAGUGUGAAACGCGUUCUUAUAAUUCCAUAUGUUUUUGUUACAGUCGAUUUCGACCAUUUCCAGAUCCUGCGAGCAAUUGGACGAGGUGCUUUUGGAAAGGUGAACCGCCCCAGCUUUAAUUUUACUUUCAUUCGAUUUAUUCCGUGUGUUCUUCUUUAACAUAGAAAUAAGAUUUUAAUCGGUGUGGGUUUUUUUUUUUUUCUUUUCCGCUUUCGAAGGUCUGCAUCGUUCAGAAGAAGGACACAAAGGCGAUGUAUGCAAUGAAAUACAUGAACAAAAAUGCUUGCAUUAAAAAGGAUGCUGUUCGAAAUGUGCUUCGCGAGUUGGAAAUUCUGAAGUUCCUCGAGCAUCCAUUCCUUGUGAAUCUAUGGUUCGCUUUUCAAGAUGAAGAAGACAUGUUUAUGGUGGUAGACCUUCUACUAGGAGGAGACAUUCGCUACCACUUGCAACAAGUAACGAAAUUUGAUGAACCAAGAGUCAAGUUAUAUCUCUGCGAACUUGGUCUUGCCCUCGGCUACUUGAGAAGCAAGAAGGUUAUUCACAGGUGACGAACAAAUUAUUACUGAAUUCAUACACUGGGUUUGAUGUUUGCUUUUAAUUUUAACCCUUUCACGAAGCCGUAAAAUGAAGAAAAAUAUUCUUUUCGUUUAGGGAUUUAAAACCAGACAAUCUGCUUCUUGACGAAAAAGGUUUGUGCUCGUUAUAAGAAUUUUUACAAUUCUGUGAUUUAAUUGCAAUUGCAGUAAUGGUUAUUUCUAUUAUGUCAGACUUUUUCGUAAGCCCAAAAGCGUUCCUCUUUCGAUAUAUGCGAGAACUUGUUCGCUAAUGGCCAGUGGAGCGUUUUUAGUUGUAAACAAAUUACUUGUCUGAUUGCGAAUGCCAUUUAUCCAUGAGAAGUUGUCGGUGAGGUCACAUAGAUCAUAAGGAUUAGAUACUCUCUACUUCACUUGUUGCUCAGGACAACCAAAAAUGGUUCAACUUAGUUUAUUUGUUUUCCCUUAGGACAUGUACAUUUGACGGAUUUUAAUAUAGCGACAAUUCUAGAAGAUGGAAAGUUGGCAACGUCCAUGUCAGGAACCAAACCAUAUAUGGGUUCGUAAUAAAUUUCUUACGAAUUAUCGAAGUUGUAAACUGAAGUUUUUGACGGUUAUGCCAUGAAAGCUUCUAUUAAUUUACGAUAUUGUGUACCAAGUCAACCCAUUGGCACUUGAAAAACUUGAAUUUACAUUACAGUACAUUUACUUUAAACAAGUUUUAAGUCAGGUGAUCACUUGCCUCAAUUUUAAUAUAAAUUUAAAGGAGAAGUAUGCACUAUCGAAAACUGUAUACAAUUUUACCUUCAAGCAAAUUUUGGAAUUCUGAAGAGUGAGCCUGUUACAGAUUAGUUAAGAAAAAAAAUGGGUAACCAGGCUUCUCAUGCUAAACCAUGACAUGAAGUCCUUAACCCUUUUGCUCACAAGAUCUCAGAAGUAAUCCUCCUUGCUGUCUGCCAUAUAAUCCUAAUCAUUUUAGUUUUGAUAAUUUGGUAUUGGAUCAACUGAUAAUUCCCUUAUUGAUAUAAAAACAAUAGCUUCCACUAAGCACAAAAAUAUGCACAGAUAUUUGUCCACAGGCCAUAUGUGUUCAAAAAUGCAUACAGUUUUCCAAGAGAAGCUCAAACAAAAUGGUAAGCUUCGAGGAACAGAUUGUGUCAUAGGACAAAUAUCUGCACAUGUUUUUGAGUUAAAUGAAGGCUUCUGUAGUUAUUAUCCUUCAAAUACUUUUGCAACGCACAGGAAAGAGUGUUUACAAAAAGCUUACUGUUUGCUGCAUAGGAUGUGUACCUUUCAGUGUUCUCUGGUACAACUUUAUGAACUAACAAACAUGUCCCUUCUUCUGUAACAAUACUGCAAUUCUGUACUCUUUCAUCUUGAAUAAAAUUUUUAGAGGAAUGCUGUCAUUGUAUUAUUAGUUUGAGAAUUGGGGAAUAUCACAAUCACGUGAUGUAUUCAGACCAAUUGUACACAUUCAAGCAAAAGGAUAUGAUGGAUUAUAAUUUUUUUAUUCUUAUCUCCUAUUUGAUUGAUAUUGCAAAUAUUUUAAAAGGAGAAAUUCUGUCCUGUUCACUCAUGAGAGAUUAUUCAAUGGGAAGUAUGCGUAAACGAUUCUUCUCCACAACUUGCUAUGCAUCAAAAAAAUGAACAAGUGAGUGCAGUGAACAAGUGUGUUUUUUGAUGCAUGGCAACAAGUGAAUAAAAAUCGUUCAAGCAUUGUCCACAGUGUGAUAUCUAUGCGUUUGGCCAUCCCACUUAGUUGAUAAAUACAUAGUAUACUUAUACUAUUGUUAUUUCUAUCAUCUUUACUUACCAUCUACCCUGUGAAAAUUUGUUUCUUCACAUCAUGAAGGAUGUUUGUUUUUAAAGUCACAUUAAUGUUUUUUUAAUUUUUGUCAAUGUAUACCCAAUAUAUUAAUUUUAUAAAUAUAUAUUGAAGGUUCUAUAUUAUUAAUUUGAUAUUUAUCUUUGUAAUUCAGCUCCUGAAAUAUUUAACACAGCUAGUGAGGAGACUCAAGGAUAUUCCUUUGGUGUUGACUGGUGGAGUUUAGGAGUUUGUAUCUAUGAAAUAUUAAGAGCAAAGGUAAAUGCCUUAGAAUCUGAUAUUACUACUAGACUAAGUGCAACAACCCUUACCCUGAUACUUAACAGUGAUUUUAAGUUAGGAAAGGAUCAUUUUGUUAUAACUCACCCCAAAUCCCCAAAAAGUUGUUCUGUAAGACGGUAAACUAGAAUUUAUAUUAUAAUUAAGCCCGGGCCCUGGUUAUUCAAAGGUUGGCUAAAUUGCUAUUUACUAGAUAGAUCCUUGUCUGGUGAAUUGUGCACUACACUUUUUGUAUUACUUAUUAUCUGGAUAUUUAAUUAUCCAAGGGAAUCAUGGCAUUAUCAGUCCAAGUUAUAUUCUUAAAACUUUUAAGUCUUCAUAAAAAAUUGUAUUGUGACUAAUUCAAGUUGAAAAUUUUGGUAGUUUAACUACCACAAUGACAAUGACCCUGAAAAAAUAUAUGGCACCAACCAUUAACACUUCCUUUAAGAGAAGAUGAUUUCCUUUUAUUUAUUAACUCUUCAUUUACAGCGACCAUAUGAAAUUCAUGCCAACACAAGUCUGUCAGAAGUAAGACAAAUUUUUGCUUCUGAAUCUGUUCACUACCCUACAACUUGGUCAAGAGAAAUGAUACAUGUACUUCACAGAGUAAGCAAUAUUUAUUUUUCACAGUUAUAGAAUAUUAAAGUAAUCAAACUUUCUUCUUUCUAAUAACAGUUAAAAUGAGGAUGAAGCACAUAUGCUUGUCACUAAAUGAGAUUCCAUUUGGAUAUUUUCUUCACAACAAUGCUUAUACUGAUAUCUGUUAUUUUUUUAUUUAGCUUCUUCAACAUGAUCCCAAGAAAAGAUUGGACAGCUUAGAGGCCUUGAAACAGGAAAGCCUUAUGGCAGAUGUUGAUUGGGAAGCUGUUGAGGCUGUUAAUGUCCAACCUAGCUUUGUACCUCCUGUAAGUUCACUGUGGCCUUUUCACAUAACAUUUAUCAAACAGUGUCAGUAGUAAUUAAAAACCUUUUCUUGUAAUUUGCAUUUCAUUUUAUCUUACUAGAAAGACCACUUGAACUGCGAUCCUACUUAUGAGCUAGAGGAAAUGAUCAUUGAAGCUAAACCACUUCACAAGAAGAAGAAGAGAUUGAAAAAGUUGUCAGGCAAGAUGGUGAGCAAUUAUGGUGGCUUUGAUUGUUGUAAUAAUCAAUUAUAUGUUGUGGAAAGGUAUACGCUCAAUUACAUAAACAUUGACCCUUAAGAAACAUUUACAAUGAGCGAUGAGACUCUUUGGCUCUCUGGGUACACAUCUACACGAUAACUGCUACUAGGACACGGUGAAUGAUGGAAGUUAUCCACACUUUCUUGGAAGAAAAGGAUUAUCAUAACAAAGCUAUAUCAUGAAUAGUGAGAAAGAUGAAUCACAGAAUAAGUAUCUACAUGAACAUUUUCCAGAAAACCUUUGGGUUUCAUCAUUCAUGGAUCAUGCUUUUAGGUGUCAAGGUUUGUGUAAGUGAGUGUAUCUCGGUUGAACUUCAUGCCAUAAACACUGAGUCGUAAGUACUUUACAGCUUGCUGACUGUAUGAAUGAAGAUCACAGAUCAUCUAAUUUGUGAUUUUUCUUGCAACUUAAGUCUCCAAUAGCAGCUUAACACAUGGCCUUCUGAAUUCUCUGAAACAUUUUCCCUGUUUCCUAAGAGGUCUACAGCAUGAAUUAUGGCAAGUAAUGUUAAACAGAAUUUCAGUGAUCUGUUUCCAUCUUCUCAGUUUCUAUGUAUUGACUAGUACAGAAGUUUUGAAACUUGAACUUUCACUCAAAAUUUUAGAGGGCACCGAAGAGCAAAACUGCGGUAUCCAGUCAACUUGACGACAGUUCAACUCACCAACGCCAACUCGCUGAUAUAUAAAAUCAAGUAGAAAUGUCGGCGAGUUGGUCUUCAAUCCAGUACAACUUAUUAGAAGUGAAACAAGUCAUAUAGAAAAGUGAAAGAUCUUUAGGAAAAAACAUUUUUUUUUUCAACAAAGUUUAUAAGGAUCUCAUGGCGAAUAAAGCAAGGUAGAUAUCGCCAAUAACUGAGAAAGCUUCAGACGCGAACGAGUUAUUGUGUGACAUCAACACUCUAAAGUCUUAUCAUGUCAAUCGGUCAGAUUUUUUGAAGAAAACUUGGCUUUCUGGACAAAAUCUUCAGUAAAAAACAAUCCUUUUUAUUUCCAACAAAGUUUAUAAGGAUCUCAUUGCGAAUAAAGCAAGAUAAACAUCACAAAUGACUAUAAAAGCUUCUGACAGACAGACGUGAACGAGUUAUUGUGUGACAACAACACUGUAAAGACUCGUCAUGUCAAUCGGUCAGAUUUUUUCAAAGAAAACUUGGCUUUUUAGACGAGAUCUUUCGUAAAAAACAAUUCUUUUUAUUUCCAACAAAGUUUAUAAGGAUGUCAAGGCAAACAAAGUGAGGUGAACAUCACCAAUGACCAAAAAAGCUUUAAACACGAACGAGUUAUUGUGUGACUGCCAACAUCAUUCUAGAUUCACACUUGGAUAGCUCACUUUUGAAGGUGCUUAUGUUUGGUCUGUCUUAAUACCAGGCUAAGCCAGUAAACGGCAAACAUUUUCUAGAUGCUUUUUCAGUACAAAUACGAUUAGUAUCUAACCAGAAGCUGACCAGAAUCCAAAGAAGGACUAAUAGGCGAUUGCAGAGUAAGGUGUUUGGAUUUUGGGAGAAAUAUGAGAAUUGUAAAAAAACAGCAGCUCAAUUAUUGAAAUCGAUGUUGAGAUUAAACGGACCUUCAAGAGCAGAAAAAUAGUAUGAUAUACAUAUAAAAUUUUAUCAUAAAUCAAACGUUCUCAAUCAUAAAUAAAUCAUUCUUUAAAGUUAAAAAAACAUGUGGUUCUGCAUGGUUGCUUUGGUUGGCUCACAAGAACUCGAUCGCAUCUGAAGCUUUAGUAGUAAUUGGUGAUGUUCACCUUUCUUUACUCGCUUAGACAUCCUUACAAACUUUGUUGAAAAAUACAAAGAAUUGUUUUUUUACUAAAGAUCUUGUCUACAAAGCCAAGUUUUUUUUUUUCAAAUCUGAUCGAUUGACUUGAUGAGUCUUUACAGUUUUGUUGUCGCACAAUAACUCGUUCGCGUCUAAAGCUUUUUUGGUCAUUAGUGAUGUUCAUCUUGCUUUAUUCGCCUUGAGAUCCUUAUAAACUUUGUUGGAAAUAAAAAGAUUUUUUCUUUUUUUGCUGAAGAUCUUGUCCAGAAAGCCAAGUUUCUUAAAAAAAUCUGACCGAUUGACAUGAUGAGUCUUUACAGUUAUGUGUCGCACAAUAGCUCAUUCUUGUCUAAAGCUUUUUUGGUAAUUGGCAAUGUUUACCUGGCUUUAUUCACCAUUAUAUACUUAUAAACUUUGUUGGAAGAAAAAAAUUGUUUUUUCCUAAAGAUCUUUUACUUUUCUAUGUGUUUAACUUCUAAUAAGUUGUACUGGAUCAAAGACCAACUCGCCGACGUUUCUACUCGAUUUUAUACGUCAGCAAGUUGGUGUUGGCAAAUUGAACUGUCGGCGACUUGACCGUAAUUCAAAACUGUUUAAGUGCCACAUGCAACAAUUUAAAACACAUGCUCACAUUCUUUUCUUGAAAAACAGAUUUAUUAUGAUAUCACAUCUGGUAAUAUCCUUUUCACUGUUUUAAAAGGAGAGUGAAGAGGAAAUGGAUCCUAUUCAAAUGUCUUUAGAAGAAAUCAAAAGAGAAUUCAAGCUGUAUAACAGAGAGAGGUAAUUCUGAGAUCAAUUUUCUUCUCAUAAUUGGUUGUUUUCUCCUAGCCAUGAAAGUGAUAUGGGGUACCUGUUACUGCAAUCUUUUUUUAUUUUUCUUAUAUCUCUUUUAGUCUAGUAGCAGAGUGAGGUGUAAAAUUCUUAUCACCUCUGAUUACAAUGUAGUUCAUGUUGUAAUCAUAACAUUUCACUGGUGUACUGGAAAUAUAUUUGUUUCUGUUUCUUUCCCUCAGAAGGAUGAAAAAUAAAGUUUUUUGAUGUUUUGGUUCUCUUGAUACUUGUAGGUUACUUAUAACUCAAAGACUAACGAAAACAAAUGUGACCUCUGCCCAAGAAAACAGUGAAGAAAAAAAUGCUGAAAUGUCAGUAACAGAUGCAAAACUAUCAUGAUAUUGGUGUGUACCAGUAUUACAUUAGUAAAGCUCAUUUAAUAUGUGAAUCCACCAUGAGUGUAGAACAAGCGGAAAAAAAGUAGAAUUUUUUUACUGUUAAUCUGUAAUAUUUUAUGGUCAUUAUGUUUUGACCUUGUGCCCUCUAAGAAUAAUUUUACAUCAAAUGUGUGUAAAUCACUUUAAAUGCCACCAACUUUUCACGUGGUCACUCGUCAGAUCUCAGCUUGUCAUCUGCAAAUUAUUACAACAACUAUCUUGAAUCCUCUUUGGAAAAUUUUGAAAAUUAACUCUCAUAAUGAGGUUUGAAUUUCUGUAAUCCGAAUUUUUUCAUUGUUGUUAUGUAGAUAUGUUGUAGCAAAAAUGUGCUCAAAGAAAUGCAGUGAGUACAAGUAGUUUACUUUGUCAAUAGAUAGAGGUGGUCUUAAAGUAAUCCAGCUCAUGAACAUUACAGUAAAAGAGCAGAUGCUGUGGCCAAAUUGGUUAAUGCUUGACUCUAGAUCAAAAGGUCCAGAAUUGAGUCUUGCUAGGGGUUGAGUAUUUUGUGUUCUUUGGGAGGACACUUAGCUUCUACAGUACCUUUCUUUACCCAGAGGUGUUAAUGGUUACCAGUGGUCUGUCAGAGAAUCCAGACAAAAUGCUAGUGGUAACCUGCAAUGGACCCAGCAUUCCAUCCAGGGAGGGAAACAACUCUCCUUUUUGUUUUAUGCUGCAAAAAACAGUAUAAGCUUUGGCAGCUAGUUGAGUCACUCUGUCAGUGUUUCAUAGUUUGUACUUAUUUGUGUUCAGAAGUGAUAUAAUUUGCUUUAUUCUUUUAAUUACUCUUAGACUAAUGUAGUUGUCAGUAUUACUUUAGUAAGUGUUUCUGAGUGAUUCCAAACUUGAUGGAGGUUUUUUUUUUAUGUAAAAUGUUAUUGUAGGUUAGUGAAUAUAGAUUUUAUUUGGUGAGUUUCCAGUUCCAUUUGGGAGUUUACCCAUAGGUCUGUCCAGAAGCAUCUCAUUGAAAGGUUUGGCAAAGUAGUUCUAAGCAGUGCACACAGAGCCCUGCAGUUACUUGCACUAGUUUUUGCACCUUUACUUGCAGUGGUCAAGAAGUGAAGUGAAGAAAAAGAUUGAUCUGAAUUACAUGACAUGUUGUAACACCCAAACCUGCAUUGAUAGAUUACUACUUAAAUUCCAAUUUAAUCUCAGUAGAAUUAAAAUGAAAAUUUUUCAUAUGAUUUAAUUUAUUUAAGAAAUAUUUAUAAGUAUGUAAUGUUCUCUCCACAAUUCAGUCAUAAACGUUCGUUCAUCUUUUUUUCCUGAUUAACAAAAUGGAAUAUGAACUAAUCAAUAGCAUGGAAAAGUGCGCUAUCCCUUUGGUAUUGUGUGAUUUCCUUUAUUUCAUGUUGGUACUUGGUUAAUAUGGUUUAAUACUUCUUAAUAUUUUGACAGGUUUGCUGACUGCUUGUUUCCUUUGCAUAUCAUUAUUGUAGGAUAAAUGGUUCUUUAAGCUUACAACUUGCAUCUAUUGCUAAUUCUUUUUUGAAAAGAAAUAGUUUUGGUUAUGCAACAAGAUCAAGCUUGUGUCAUAUUUAGGUAUCUUGUUGUGUUGCUUUACUUUGCCCAUGAUUGUUUUCUGGUUUACUUUGGAAUAUUUAUCACACCUAGUUGGUUACAGUGUUUGAGUGUGACUUUGUCUUAGAAACAGAUCUGGAAUGUGUUGUACCUCAAAUCCCCACGUAUGUAGUCCUGCCAUAUGCCAUAGCAGACCCCAAAUUUUUCAGUUCAAUCUUUUUGGAAAUAAUUUUGGGUUUAACCCCAGAACUUAACUG